AUGCCCAGCGUAACCAGACUGCUGGUCACCCCCCUCGCCCCAACCUUUGCAGCCGAAGUGGAGGGCGUCGACUUCUCAAAGCCCGUCGACGAUGCUCUAUUCGAAGAACUCCGCGCCACGCUGCACAAGUACGGGGUCAUCAUUUUGAGGAAGACGGCGCUCGACGACGAAGGCGCGCUGGCCUUGGGCCGACGCUUCGGCGACCUCGACAACGUCAAGGCCCACCGAGCGGCCGGCCGCAAGUUCCGCAUUGACAACGACGAGAUCUUCGACGUGGCCAACCUCGACGAGAACGACCAGAUCGUCACCGAAAAGGACCCCAACCGGACCGCUUCGGCCAACGGCAACGCUCUGUGGCACGCCGACGGCGCGUUCAACCCGCGACGCACGGGCGUGUCGAUCCUGCGAGCGGUCGAGCUCCCACCACCCAACACCGGCGGGCACACCGAGUACCUCGACUCGCGGACGGCGUACGAAGACCUGCCCGAGGCGAAGAAGCGAGCGAUCGAAGGCCUCGUGGGGCGCAACUCGCUCUUCCACAACCGCAAGACCGCCAACCCCGACUCCCCGCUCUUCCGCGACAUCGACCCGAUGGCGAUGCCCAUGGCCAAACACAAGAUCGUCCAGGAUCACCCCGAGACCGGCCGGCGGAAUCUCUACAUCACGUCGUACACGCACUCCAUUGACGGAAUGGGAGUCGACGAGGGCCAGAAGUUACUCAAGGAGCUUUUCGAGCACGUGCAGCAGGAGAAAUACCGCUUCAGGCACGACUGGAGGGACAACGGUGACGUGGCCAUCUGGGACAACACGGCGGUCCUGCACCGCGCGACCCACGGCGCGUACGAAGGCAAGUACCGCAGAGAUCUGAGGAGGAUUUCCGUCUUUGACAUGGGCCCGACCGCGUACGGUGAGAAUGAUGUCUCGACGUACUGGCAGCAGGGUCUGCCAUGA